UACAGUUUCAUUGUGACUGUCUCAGUGCUGGAUACAGUUCGAAGACAAAUUCUACCUGCCUGAUACAGUACUUCCUUCUAGGAAAUAUUAGGACAUCCUGAUUCAUCAACGUCAACACUAGGAUGACGCUAGCAGCAAAACCACAGCUUCCUGGAAGGAAAGACAUACAACCAGUGUUCCUGCAGUGGUGUUUCGAUACAUCACUUCUUAAUGUGUUCUGAUUUCUAACGUUUAGGUGUUUGGUUUUCAGCAACUCUACAGCAAGACUUAAGGUUUUAAAGGCUAUUUACCGUUCAAGAUGCUACUCCGACCUCACAUUCUUUUGGCUGUAAUCUUGGUGUCCUGCGUACGAACAGAGAAUCUUCUCCAUCCUGAAGACACAAACGGGAGAGAAUAUGUACUCAGAAGUCUCAGCAAAUUAAUCACCACCAACCAGAUGCUCAACGAGAAACUUGAAAAUGCUUCAAUAGAAAUUGAUGGAUUUAUAUUCAGUCAGAACGAGUCUGCAGCCCGUAGGACGAUUGACAUCGUUAAGGGGUACAUAGGCGGAAGGGAGGAGUUCAUAGCGCAAAUACACGCUGUGAAUAAUGAUGCAAACAAACUAAACCUGACGCAGAGCAUGCUACGUUUGGGAAAUUCCUCGUUUCUCAAUGAAGUGAGGUGGAAACAGGAGUUAAAUCAGACUAAGAACGAGUUAUCAAAACUUGAAAAAGUUUUAAAAUUAUACAAAAUGUUACUUAAAUUGAACGAGACAAAUGAAUACGCCAACAAUCUGACAAAACAAUUUAAAGAGGAGGGUAAGAAGAGACAACUAUCGAAUGCAACGCAUUUAGCUCGAGAACUUGUGCGGGAAAUAAAGUCCUUUAUCCAAGAAGUGUCUAACGUAAGGAAUUUCACAAUAUCCCACAAUCUGACGGGAGUAAUUACAAACUUCUGGAUUGAACAACUUUUAGACAUACAAUACUGGGAAUAUCUUCUGAAAAACAAGACGGAAGAUCUACUUUUGCUUGAGAAAACAAAAAUCCCGGUAGCAGGCCUCAUCAAUAAGUAUGUUCGUCCCACUCUUUUCGUCAUAAUUUUUGUGGUAGGACUGGCUGAAAACGGAGUGCUCAUCACUAUUUUCGCUCGCUAUCCCAAAAUUCGCAAAUACAGGAACAUGAUUAUCCUCAACCUCUCAAUAGCUGACACACUAUCUCUUAUUGUCAAUCUGCCUGUAAUCCACUUGUACGAUUCGAUAUCAUGGAGUGUGAGUCUAGAAACUGCUCAGGUAUUCAUGUUUUAUCGGUUCCUUUGUUUCGGACUCAGCGUCUUCUCGGCCCUUGCACUCUGCUUGCAGCGAUUCUCAACUACCCUCAAAUACUCGGCUCGCGGCGGAUUUAUCCUCCGACAGUCAACAAAACACAACUGCAUUAUUCUAAUUGCGACAGUAUGGGUGCUCGCCAUAUUAUUCGCUGUACCCCAUAGUUUGUACAGCUGUCUUUAUUUUGAGCAGUGCUUCAACACAAAUGUGGAACUCCAUUCCAAAAUUGCGAUCACUUUGUUCUCAAUCGAUCUGAUAAGCCUCUCCAUAAUUCCUGCAAUAAUAAUCACAAUACUCAACUGGUUGACAGUUCGUCAUCUGAAACUUAGAGGAGAAAGUCUUCCAGUAAGCAUGCCGGAAGAUCAGAAAGCUUAUCAGAAAAAAUUACUUUUCAGAAGCAAAAAUAUCUUAAUACUAACUCCAAUUAUCUUUGCUGUCACUUCUUUACCCUACUAUAAUUAUAUAACCAUAGCUUCUUUCUUGGGUACAGAUAUAAAUUCCCUCUCAUACACGAUAAUUAAAGGAGUCUUAUAUUGCAUGAUAUUUGUGAACUGCAGCUUCAAUCCUGUGGCUUUGUAUUUCACAAGUGGAACCUUCAGAUGUUACAUCAACACGCAUUUCUUCUUCUGCAAACGGCACAAGAAUAAACACAGAAGACAAGAAAAACAGCAACUCCAAUUUAAUACAGAGAAUAACACAACGGAAACUCCUCUGUAAAGUGCAUACGUUUCUGAAACGAAAAUAUCCAAAUAUUUCAUGGGCCCACAAUAAUCUAAUCCUCUAAGGCUAAACGCCCAUUUCGAGGUAUGAAACCAUUUUCUCGGCACACAGUAACGACAAGGAGUUACAAUCACGUAUUGCACGAAUGCACAAAUAUCUUUCUGCGUCAGCAGUCUUUUAGUGUUAAUUUCUGUAAAAGAACAAGCAUCAACCUUCAGAACAUUAAAAGAAUAUGAGAAAUAUGUUUCUUAUAUGACCGCCAUGUUCUCAGAGUUGCAAAAAAUGAGUUUACCUCUCAUUACUUGACCUGACGGGAAUGAAUUCUCGAUAAGAAGACAAUUAUACGCUCUGCUCCCAACACAUUUAAGGAAUUUAAUUUCACACGAGGCCGUCAAGAUGCACGCAGCUGUUCAAGAUUUUCUUCAAUACAGAGCAUCAGCUACCCCUUCGAUCAUUUGAAUUAACUGACGAGUUCUUCAGAACAGCUGGUAGCUUCUAGAUUUCUGUCGCGGUGAAAAUUGUACUUAAUCUCCUGCAAUUAUAAAUUGAGCGAAAAUAUAAUGUUGUAUAUAAAGUUAUAAUGCAAACUUGACAAGUUUAGCAUAUGUAUUACAAACAUACAUAAAAUGGGCAUGUAUAUACAUUAUUGUAAAUUUGAAAUAUAUUUCCAGAAAUGUAAAUUCUAUUGCAGCCUGAUUAAAAACCAUAUUAUUCUCAGCUA